CACCACGCUCUCUUUGCCGGCUCAAACCUCCGAGCAUGGCGCUGUCUCCGACUUUCUCACCCCCUGUUUGUUUCAAGAAAAACACUAUAUUCUCUCCAAACACCCCCAAAUUCCACAAACCCACUACCAAAACCCCAACCCAAACCCUCUCCGCCAUUCCCCCAAUCUCCACCGCGGCCGACCUCUCCGCUGUGGCCGUGCCAUUUGAUGGAACCACUCUUGCAGUCAUCGGAGGCGGCUCGGUGGCCGCCCUCGCCGCGGUUCUGUCGCUCACUGACCCGGAGAGGCGGCGGCAGCUGCAGGCGGAGGAGGUGGGAGGCGGGGACAAGGAGGUUGUGAAGGAGUAUUUCAACAACUCGGGGUUUCAGAGGUGGAAGAAGAUCUAUGGAGAAACCGACGAUGUGAACAAGGUUCAGCUGGAUAUUCGGCUAGGCCACUCCAAGACUGUGGAGAAUGUGAUGAAGAUGUUGACAGACGAAAGGUCGCUCGAAGGGGUUACUGUAUGUGACGCUGGGUGUGGCACGGGCUGUCUCUCUAUUCCUUUGGCCAAACAGGGUGCCAUUGUGACGGCCAGUGAUAUCUCUGCUGCCAUGGUUGCUGAAGCUGAGAAACAGGCUAGGGAAGAGCUUCUUAGUGGGAAGGAUGAUGGCCUGCCAGCACCAGUGAUGCCAAAAUUUGAAGUGAAGGAUUUAGAAAGUUUGGAUGGGAAAUACCACACAGUUGUUUGCCUGGAUGUUUUGAUUCAUUACCCACAGAGUAAGGCUGAUGGGAUGAUCGCACACCUUGCUUCCUUGGCUGAGAAGCGGCUAAUUCUAAGCUUUGCACCCAAGACAUUCUAUUAUGAUCUGUUGAAGAGGGUAGGCGAGUUGUUCCCAGGGCCUUCAAAGGCAACGAGGGCUUAUCUCCAUGCUGAGGCAGACGUGGAGAGGGCGUUGCAGAAGGUGGGUUGGAGGAUAAGGAAGAGAGGCCUAAUCACUACACAGUUUUACUUUGCAAAGCUAGUUGAGGCUGUCCCUGCUUAGAGAAGAAGAGAGUUUAGCUUCGGAUUUUUGCCUGAUUCUCACUGCUUCCAGAUAUGGUUGGAAAGUUUCUCGGAUUCUGUGAAGCCUUAAUUUUUUCUUUUUUACCUACAUUGCUGCCACUCUAUGUUGUGAUCAGUAUAUAGUGUAUAUUAGGUGUUAAUGUAUUGAAUUCCUAAUUUUCAAGCGAAAUUUUGUUGGCUGUUUACUUCAAACUUCGAUUAUUUGUCCUUGAUAUCAUUUAAUGGUUAGUCAUUUCCCUGUUC